AAGUAGAAAUUGUUGUUUCCGGUUAAGCAAGUAGAUACAUGUGACAACGAUAUAUUUGUGCUGGUGGGUUUCUAAGAGAUAUAAAUAUUCUGAUCAUAAUAUGUAAUUCAGGUUAUUUAUUUCCAAAUUAUUGUGAAAUAAAUCCUGCUGCGGAUGUCCUCUGAAAACGGAAUCUAGUCAAUUCCAGCCACUUUCAGCUAACUUAGCCAGGAACUGCUAGCUAACCUGUUAAACAACCUCGUUAACUACUACAGACCAACACGCAGUGCUCCAAUGCAGGACUUAUUUCACUCCUUGUCCUUAAGUCUCUUAUCCGUCGGUUCCUCGUCUCUCCUAAGGUGUUUCAGCCAUGACGCGAUGGGCCAGAGCCAACAACAUACACAAACACAAACCUGCCGAGGCCACACCGUGGAGCCAGUUUAGAAAUGGAGGAGGGAGUGGAGGACGAGGAGGAAGAGAUGGAGGAGCUGGAAGAGGGAGGGAUAGUCCAGGUAGUUUCGGAGGGUCCGGAGGUGUUGGCUCGAGGCACAGACCCGUGGGGAGGGGGAGAGGUAGGGGAGGAGGAGGGGGAGACCCUCUGAGGCACACUCAGGCCAGGAACAAUGGAAUUAAGAAACCCUGUCGGAAAAAAAAGGACUAUGACAACGAUGAUGUGAACGGCUUCAUGGAAUACCUUCAGAGUGGUGGGGCUGGGCUGUCUAGUGGAGCUGGACGUGCAGGGAUGGAGGGAUUGAGAGAGGAGGUAGGGAUGGCCCUGAAGAAAGACCGGCGGAGAGAGGACAGAAGGAUAAAGAGACAGAACGACAAGAAGAGCGACAUGCUGUGUUUUAAGUGUAGAAAGCCUGGCCACGGGUUGGCAGACUGUCCGGAGGCCGGCAGAGACGAGGAGAUGGGGAUGGACAUCUGCUACCGCUGUGGAUCCACUGAACACGAGAUCCAGCACUGCCAUGCUAAAAUAGACCCUGCCAUGGGCAAGUACCCAUAUGCCAAGUGCUUCAUCUGUAGUAAGACUGGUCACCUCUCCAAGUCCUGCCCAGACAACCCCAAGGGACUGUACGCCGCAGGAGGCUGUUGUCAUGUGUGUGGGUCAGUAGAACACUUCCAGAAGGACUGUCCUGAGCACCAGGAUUCUUCUAACCAAUUGACUUUAGGCUGGUUGUCCAAUAACAUGAGUGCUGACCAUGAGGAAGUGGACGUGCCUAUGAAGAAAGCCCCGCCCAAAAAGGCCAAGGUAGUGGUCUUCUGAACUGUCAGUCAAUCCAGCGAACUCCUCCGACUGGAAAGGACUGAUUGCCAAGGAGCAAACUAUAAAUCUCAAGAGUGAAUCUGUAACAGGCUUGGAUUGGAUGCGCAGAACUUUGAAAAACAACCUCCACAAAUACAUGGUCCAUGGAAAUGUAGAGCUUCUCUUCACUGAGGUUUUGGAAAGAGCUCUUGAUGUUUUCACCCCACGGGCUCAGUGUAUGUUGUUAAUAUAAUGCGUGGCACUAUGCUGGAGUCUGUGGUGUUCUGUAUUCUAGCCAACAAGCAGUGCCUUUGGUGUCACGAGAAGAGGGAGGUUGGGAAAUGUGUGAGCUGAUAUCAUGAACAGAUUUUGUAUGAAGCGUUUCAAUAAACAGCCAGUUUAACAGUCCCAACAUCAAUAUGUAAACUUAACCAUGGAGUUGUUUUAGUUUUAUGACAAACCUUAACCAUCCUAUGAUUUUAGUUCACAUAUUUCCAAUGCUUGAAGUUAACUUAUUGCACCUGGUGAGUAGAAGUCAGUGAGAAAUGGAAUUGAACAAAAGCUGGCUAAAACAAUGAACUAGUGUUAACUUGUAAUCGUUUAUGAAAUCCUGUGCAAUGGGUGAACAGCUGAUAAGUGAACCCAGGUGUUGGAAACAGAAGUUGUAAUACAGGUUGCGUUAUACAA